UGGAGUAAGAGAAGCAAUAAUUAGGGGAGAGAAAGAGAGAAGAAAAAAAGGAUGAUGAGAGAGAGAAGAAAGUGUAGUAUUGUAUCCCUUGUGGUUGUGGGCAUAACAUUGAUGAGUUUAUGCAUCAGUGUGAGAGGUGAAAAUACAUUACAAUCACCAGUUAAGCUAAUAUGGCAUUACUACAAACUCAACACAACUUGUCCAAAUGCUGAGGAAUACAUAAAACAUCAGGUCAAGUUGUUUUGGCAAAAGGAUAAAAGCAUUACUGCCAAGUUCCUUCGUUUGCUCUCUGCAGAUUGUCUUUCCAAAAAUGGUUGUGAUGGCUCAAUACUUCUUGAUGGUCCAAACUCAGAGAAAAAUGCACCACAAAACAAAGGCCUCGGAGGGUUUGAAGUAAUUGAUAAGAUCAAAAUUGUACUCGAAGACAGAUGCCCGGGUGUUGUUUCUUGUACAGAUAUUUUGAACUUAGCCACUAGAGAUGCUGCCCAUUUGGCAGGUGCACCAUCUUAUCCUGUUUUUACAGGAAGGAGGGAUGGUUUUACAAGCAGUAUUGAUGCAGUGGAUUUACCAUCUCCCUCCAUAUCAUUGCAGCAAGGGAUUCAAUAUUUCCAAUCUAAGGGUCUCGAUGUUUUGGACAUGACAACAUUGCUAGGUGCACAUUCAAUGGGAAAAACACACUGUCGAUACAUCAUGGAUAGGCUAUACAAUUUCAAUGGCACCAGAAAGCCAGAUCCAUCAAUGCACAAAUCACUCUUAAAAGACCUUCGAAAGAAAUGCCCAAAGAAUUCAAAACAAGACCCAACAGUGAACCUAACACCAAAAUCUGGAAACGACUAUCAAUUCACAACUCUUUACUACUCGAGAAUCCUCUCCAGAAAGGCGGUACUCGGUCUCGAUCAACAGCUUCUUUUCGGUGACGAAACUAAAGAAAUCGUCGAGGAGUUUGCUGAUCCAAAAACUGGAUUUGAAGACUUCCGUCGGUCCUUUGCUUUGUCCAUGAGUAGGAUGGGAAACAUCAAGGUUUUGACCGGAAAAAAUGGCGAGAUUCGACGAGAUUGUCGGCGAAGAAACUAGCCUUGCAACUCCCAUUAUUUUCUUGAGGAUCAAGAAGAAUAAGGAUACUGUUUGUGUGGAUGAGGAUUAUAUUAUUUAAUUUACUAUCACAUUGAGAAAUGUGAAGAAGAAGAAGAAGAAGAAGAAGAAAAAGUUACCUAUUACUUACAUCUUAUAUGAUAUACAAUAAUAAGUUUAUAAACUAAAAUUAUAUUCAUGUGGCAAAUAAUUAAUAUUUUUCCCCCCAAGAGGCUUUCCUAUUAGAUAUAUGCAAAUUAUAUAUUCCUUGUGUUAAUUUUGUUGAUUUCUCAAAGAUUUAAAUAAUUAUAUUGAACCAAUAGUCUGUUUCGAGUUUAA